UUUUUCUUUUUAUUCUUCUGCACCUGUGACCAGCUGUCAGACUGUGAGGAGUGGAGAGUGGACGGGGCAUAUUCUCCCUGAACGGGCCAACGUUCUGAAAAAAAAAAAAAAAAAAAAUCAAGGACCCGGGACCCUCUUCGGCACCCAGCUGGGGCUAGCCAAGUGCUGGGAUGGAGGAGAGCACUUACGAGACGUUUGAGGAUGAACUUGGGACGCCAUUACAGGAGAAACCCCCGGCCAAACCUGUGAGGCUGAUUCACAGAGCAGACAUGCAAGCCACACGGAAAGUGAAGGAGGAGCCUCCAAGUCCCCAGAAUGCCCCAAAACCAGCCCUGAAGGAGAUAUCCAGGACCAUGUCGAUCCGCCGGGCCCUGUCCAUCCAGAACCUGGGCCAGAUGGAGAGCCCGUGGGCUGGGAUCACACUGAACCGCUGCCUGUUCGUGGCCGUCACCAUUCUGCUCAUUAGCUCCGGGAUCCAAAGGCUAAACGAGGCGCUGAAGGCGUUGAGGGCCGAGGAGGACGGGAAACGGGUGCAGGAGGACGGAGGGAGGGUGGAGGAGAGCCUCGCCCUCAGACACGCCGCUCUGAAGCGGGACGGGACCCCCCCGCAGCCGGCGAGCUCUCUGUGGCACAGCUUGUUCCAGUGGGUGCUGGACGAUGAUGACGAGGAUGAGGAAGAGGAGAGCGUGACCGGGAUGAAGAGCGCGCGCGGGAGGGGCAGAGAGAAGAAGCAGAAAAAGAGCGCUCUGCAGGAGAAGCAGAAGAGGUCAGAGGUCACCGAGGUCACCGAGGUCACGGAGUAG